UUUCCCGCCAUUUUGGUUCGCAGUUCGAAAACGAAACUUGAAUUACUUGUAAAUCUACUCAGGAUUGAGAGCAAUAAAAUUGGAUUUUGGUAAGCAUAACAUAGACAAACAGAAUGGAGGAGAUUCAGAAUUUAACAGACAAGGAGCUAGCAGAACAGCUAAGGGGGUAUGGAGCAAAUCCUGGUCCUAUUCUCGCUUCUACAAGAAGUGUAUAUGAGAAGAGAUUAUUGAAACUUAGAGAAGGGGUUGCUGCAGUGGAAAAGAUUCAUAAACCUCGUACCAAAUACACUGAGGUUCCAGAUGAUGAAGAGAGAUCCCCACCACCUAAACCUCGGUCUCCAAAACUUAGGAAACGUGUUGUCAAGAAGGUGGAGGUGGAACCCGAGGAAGUGGAUGAUAUAGACAACAGUGCUGCAUCUGAUUUAACGGACAACGAGCCCAGCCAGACAUCAAUGACAGACACCGAGCCGUCCUCCAAGUCGUCAGGGGGCGUGGCUAUGUAUGUCAAGGUCUUCAUUCUCCUGAUUGUCCUGUUCUUUGUAUACCUGGUUUACAUCAACAUGGAGCCAUCGUCUGGGAAUCGAGUGCCAAAGAUCAAAGGGGAUUAAAGAACUGAGUUUGAAAUCUGUUGAUUAAUCUUUAAUGCUAUGAAGAUGUGGGCCAAGACAUCAAAAUCUGUUAAUGAAUUUUAAUAGAUUUCACAAAUGACAACACAAAUAUGAAGGUUUAUUAUUACAUUGUUUGUUUACUAAAAUAUUUUCUGUAGUGCAAUGUAUUAUUAUGGUUUUUGCCAAGUGUGCUCUAUUUGUGUUUAGCGUAUUGGAAUGUUAGUAAUAAGUCACAGCUGUAGUCUGUCUCAAGAUAUAUAUGCAGCAAUAUGGACGAUCUGUAAUUAAUAAAAAUACACAUACCUAAGAAAGAAGUGCAAUUGAAAUUGAUGACAGGGAUAAUAUCUAAGAUAUCUUAAUUGACACAUUAUCACUUUUUAUUCGGUAAAGUUAUCAGGACCAAAAACAGAUUUUUUUACGGAGAUUUAUAAUUUUAAUGAAAAACGUUUACAUUUUCGAUUUAUCUUAUGGGUACUUUAAUAUUACAAUGCAAAAUUCCCAUAUACUGUUAGAUGUUUUUUGAAGCCUGACAAUUUUAAGCAAGAAGGGAAAUUUCAAAGGAGAAAAUGUUUUAUUUUUUCAUACUACAUGUAUUGAAUGAACCCUGAGGUAUUUAUAAAUAUCUAAUAAUUUUAAAAAUAUCAUGGGACAGACUAUAGCUAUGUUAACAUCAGUUUACAUGUUUCUUUGAUAAGUACUAAUUAGCUGAUUGAAAUGUUAGUCUUGAUCCUCAUUUGCUUAUUUGCAAUUGAAAUUAAUUGUUAUUAGUUAUAACAAACAAACCCUGUAAAAUUGAAAUAUCAUUUUAUGGUGAGAUUAAUACUGAUAAAAUAUACCCAGUAAAUGUCAGUGUAUAUUGAAUAUUGCUUUACUUCUGUCGUGAUGAACAAAUAACUCAUAUUAUACCAAUUAUGAAAUAAACCAAGGUAACUUUAAUAAGAAGGGUUUUUUUUUUUGGGCGAACAGUUCUAUUCUUUAUGAAUCUAAAUGAAUAAGAGGAGAUCUUUUUACUUGAACUGCCAUACUUCAAGAUGUAUGUUAAUCUAUUAAAAUUUUGUAUUUAUUAUGAACAGUUGAUAUAUUUGAAGUAUUUUUUAUAAUGAUUAAAACAAGUAUGUUUUGAAUAAUCUGAAGCAGGCUACUGAUAUACUGAUCCUUACUAUGAUUUCUGUAACGAAAUUCAUGUUAAAAGCAUUUUGAUAUCACUAGAAUAGAACUUAUUAUACCCCCGCAAACGAAGUUUAGGGGGGUAUAUUGGUUUCACCCUGUCCGUCUGUCUGUCCGUCCGUCUGUCCGUCUGUCUGUAGACGCAACUUUGUCCCCCCUAUAGAAUUUUUUAUUACUGCAUGGAACAGUUUGAAAAUUUGUACAUAUGUUGAACACCAUCUGAAGAUGUGCACCUGCAAUUUUUUUUAAGAUCAGACAAGAUUUAAUGAUUUUAUGACAGUUUUCAUUUUCCUUAUUCUAUAUAUUGUACACUGAUGUUGAAAAGUAAGGGAGGUAAUCCUUACAGAUUUUAUUAAUUAAUCAAUAGUAUUAUAAAAACACUCUAAAAUAUAUUUAUAUAUAUAUAUAUCCAGAUGGAUGUUUUUUGUCUUUAUGUCUUAAUUAAUAAAAAAAAAUAUUUUUAUAAGUAUUCUUUCAACUGACAAUGCAAAGUUUUUGUUUGUCAAUGAUAAAUUCUUAGGAGCUAAUAAGAACAUCAAAGACAAGUGUGGCUGAAUUCAUUUGUCCCAAGGGAGCCAUUAUCUGAGCCAUGGUUCAGAUGGAGCAUGUGUUUAGGGAAAAUUCAUAAUGUGUAAAAUGGGUGAUGGUUUUGGGGCCAUUUUAAAACUGUUUCAUGUAAACCAAAAGUUUCUAUCAUUACAAGGAAAUAAAUAAUAUCAUUAUUAAUAAAGAAAUUAAACUAUUUUUAGAAGUUGUUUAAAUUUAUUAGUCAAGUAAAUUGAUGAAGUGACCCUAUUGGGCAUUAAUUUAAAUGAAAUUCAAAAUUACUGAUAUAAUUGUAGUGUUUUGGCAAUUUUAAAAUUGUUUGUAAAUUGUAAUAUUAAAUUUUCUUUUUUACAUAUUUUUACAUAGUAUGGUAAUUAUGGUAAUGUUUAGGGAGUUUAUUAAAUUUAACAAGCUCAUCAAAGAAAAUCAUAGUCCUAUGGGAUCAAUUUUCUGAUAUGGAGUUCCAUUGUGCCAUAGGAGAAAGUGAGGAAAAUUUGAAACAACUAAUUGCAUCUGUCAAGACUCCUUUUAGAAAGAUAUUGAAAGUUUUAUCAAUAGAAGAGCAUUGCUUGGCAACCGGUAUUUCCAUUUACUGCAAAGGGAGGGGUUAUUGUCAUUUUGUUGGUUUUUCUUUAAAUCAAUUAAAUAAAAAAAUAUAUAUAUCAUCAGAUACAUACAUUUGUAAAUAUAUUACUGUUACAGAUAUGUAUUUACAGUGAAAUUCUGUCAAUUUUGAUUUUAAUUUUUCUUUGUUAACAAUUUUUUUUUUUUUUUACAAUUCUAGAAUUAAUUUUUUGGGGUAUGUGUUCCAAACCUUUAUUAUUCAAUUCAAUUAUUUGUCCCAUUUGAAAUUAGCCUUGCGGGGGUAUUAGUCCCAUUAGGACAGUUCUAGUUGAUUAUUGUACGUUAAUUUGAAUAUCAUACAACUUGAUCUACUGGAAAAAUUAGAUCACCAAAAAAGUGUUUUAAAAAAUGAUACUUUUUAAUAUGGUUGGUUAUAUAGAUCAUGUAUAUUUUGCUUGCCAUUGACAGAAAUCAAACAUUAUUUUUCUCAUCUUGUUAGAUUACAAAGCACAAUGUAUCAAUAUUUAUUCAUAUGUACAUGUACUAGUAUUUAUGUUAUGAGUUUCUGAUCAUGGCCAUAUGAUGGGUUUUGCUUUGUCAAUUCAUGAAUCUUUGGGAUAAGUAUAAUUUAUGUUUUUUCAAAUUUUGGAAAAAUAAUUGUCAAGCAUUAUGCAUAAUAAAAAGUAAAGUCAU